UAUUGUUUGUUUUGCCGUGUGUCUCAAGAAUUGGUUUCUUAACGCGGUAAAAAAAAUGUUUUAAAUUAUGGAAGUCAUACCGGUCAAGUUACUACUGAGAUGAUUGGUUUCAGUAUGUAGCGUCUUACGGCUGUCGAGAAAAAUGUCUGCUAAGCUGCUGGAUUGGUGAGGUUGGUCUGUGUCUUCUGAUUCUAUGAACAUCUAACUUAGAUUUUAAGCAAUCUAUGAAUAGAAACGACCCUAGCCGAUUCGAUGACGCCAUGGCGCUGGUCCCCUACCCUCGGUCCUCCACCCGCUUGAGGGACGGGUCCCCACUCCCCAACAACCGCCGUCGCCGGAGAGACUGCGAGUUUUGGCCCGGGGAGAGCCGCUACGUGCCCAGACGGAGACAGUGGCGGGGGCGUGACCCGUGUCAACCUGACCCGUGUCUGCCUGACCCGUGUCUACCUGACCCGUGCCUACAGGACCCGGGUCAGAUCCUGUGCGCGAGCCCGGACUGGAGACGACCGAGGAACAUCCGAUGGUCAAACAGGGACGAGUACUGCUGCCCGGACAGAUGGGGACCGGACGGUUCCAACCUGGACGUGUACGGCCUGAUGUCUGCCAGCGACGGGUUCCACCGGCCAUCCUGCGAGGACAGGUACCCCCGCCGGUCACGUGAGGACAGGUACGGCCUGAGGGCGGGCCAGUCUGGGACUGAGGGGCCGGGCGAUGUCCCGUCCCCGGGGCAGGCUGCCUGCAUGAACGACCUGCUGCAGGUGUCGCGGCGUGACGGCAACCAGAACUCGGACGUUUUUCUCAGAUGCCCACCGCCAGAGUUGAACACGGACAAAUUUAUCCUCAAACCCUGUCAGAUCGACAUUCUCCUGUCUCUGGCUGCUUCAAAUGGGACCAACACGGACAUGGUGCACCAGUGCAAGUACGCCCUCAUGUCGUGCGAUAUCGAGAACUGCAUCAACAACUACCUCAUCGCCGCCAAGUUCCAGCUCUGUGACGUCAUGGACCGCAUCCUCGACCUGAUCCGGCUCAACUUCAUGAGCAUCAUCCGGACGCGGGAGUUCCUCUCGCUUCCGUGUGACGUCGUCGUGAUGUUUCUAACGGACUCGAAUGUCAACGUGACGUCAGAGCUGGAGAUCUUCUUCGCGGCCUUGUCGUGGGUGGAUUUUAACAAGAUGGACAGGAUGCCGGACGCAGGUCGCGUCCUGAACUGUGUCAGGUAUGUGUACAUUGACCCAGAGGACAUCAUCAAAUAUGUGGAGCCUAACCUGCAUCUCUUCACUGGUGAGCAGGGGAUGGAUGCCAUCAUUAAUAUGUACAGGACCAAGGCUCUGAUCCUGUCUGGAACAAUCCCAAUGCCCCCGGGCAGCAAUGGCCUUUGCAGGCCCAACCUCACCUACGACGCAAUGAAGAACCCCAUGGCCGUGGGUCCCAUCCGUGAGGUCGCCCCCUCCCGUGGGGUAGGUCCCACGCGUGAGGUCCCGCCCUCCCGUGGGGGAGGCCCCACCCCCGGUGGGUCGAAGCCCGACAAGAAAGGCAAAAAAGGCGGUAAAGAAAAUGAAAAGAAAAAGAAAGGGGACGAAAUGAAAAGGGAGAAAGAUGAGAAUAAGAAAGGGGGAGACAAGAGUAUGAAAAAAGAUGACAAGAAAAAGAAAAAAGGCGAUAAGAAAGAGAAACCCCCUGAGGAUCUGGCUAUGGGGGACAUGGGGGGCGAGGAAAACAUGCAGACGUUUAGAGAGGAACCUAACGACGCACCGAACGAUGCACCGAAUGAAGAUGUAACGGAGAAUAGUAACGAGAACUACUUUUACUACCCGUAUCAGGAGAUGGGGUACUACGACAACUGCUACAACUACGACUACUGCUACAACUACUACAAUGUCUGCUGAAACUCUCGUGUCUGACUUUACCUUCAGUGCAGAAUGCUCUUCCUUUUUAAAGUUACCUUUUGCUUCGUGUAAUGAGAAACAAAAUUGUAAUCUUCAAUCUUGGCCAGCAAGAAAAUCAGCCCCACGGUCG